GUAGACGUCAACGAAUUAAACACCGGCAUAUUAGCGUAAUUCUUUGAACUGUUUAUAAAGUCUGAUUCUUUAUUGCAAUAUGAUUGAGACGUUGUAUAGCUUACCAUUCCAAAUAUUGGUGCCUCCAAAUAUCAAAAUCCGACGACCGACAUGGAUUCGUAAACCUUCCCCAAUGGUUAUGUUUUCUAUUGUGCUACUGUCGUAUUUCCUCGUCACCGGUGGAAUUAUAUACGAUGUAAUUGUGGAGCCACCAAGUGUAGGAGCUACGGUAGAUGAACAUGGGCAUUCUCGGCCCGUCGCUUUCAUGCCUUACCGAGUAAAUGGUCAAUAUAUAAUGGAAGGAUUGGCUAGCAGUUUUCUAUUCACUAUCGGAGGUCUAGGAUUCAUCAUAAUGGAUCAAACACAUAUACCAGGAAAAACAAACCUUAAUCGUUUUCUUUUAACCGCGAUGGGAUUUAUAUUUAUACUAGUUUCAUUUUUCACAACUUGGCUAUUUAUGCGUAUGAAAUUACCCAGCUACUUGCAGCCAUGAGUGAAAAAAUCGAGGUUGGCAUUGGGUUCUCGAACAUUUUGUAAUACACUUUUGCCAUCUACGUUAAACAAAUAUUAUAAAGAAGGUCUUUAGUGUACGUUCUUACUUAGUAAUUUAAAUCAACUGUUUUAAGUUAAAUUGAAAAUUUUAUUUAUCAAAUGUCACUUACUCAUAUACAGUUGUAUUGCAAUACAAUACCAUAAAUGCACAUUGGAAGUACAUAAA